GUUCCGGUUGAAAGUAAGUGGAGGGGUUUAAUACCACCGCUUUGAAAUUUCUGGAAGAACUUAUAAAAGUAACACAACCAACACCUCGCACUUUAGUGUAAGCCACUCAGAUCGCACGGUCGAAUAAUUUUACCAAUAAUGGAUGAGGAACAAGUUCAAAUGCUCAGGAGAGCUUUCUCCAUGUUCGACAACACGAAGGUUGGUAAAAUCGAGAAGGAAAAAGUCAGAACAAUCCUGAACACCUUGGGGCACACGUUUGACGAUCAGGAAUUGGAGGUUCUACUCGAACAGGAAGACGAGGACGGCAGCGGACACUUGAACUUUGACUCUUUUUACCGCGUCGCCAGUCAUUUCCAAGAAGAGGACGACGAGGCUCUUCAAAAGGAAUUGAAAGAAGCUUUCCGUCUGUACGACAAGGAGGGCAACGGUUACAUCCCUACGAGUUCUCUUCGUGAAAUCCUAGCCGCGUUGGACGACCAGAUUACGCCUGAUCAGAUGGAUGGAAUGAUCGCUGAAAUUGACACCGACGGUUCGGGAACAGUCGACUUUGACGAGUUUAUGGAAAUGAUGACCGGAGAUUAAUCGCUGCGAUGACGUAUUCGAUAAUAUGGAUGAAAAAAAAAAAAAUGUAUGCAAAAAUCAUCUCAAACAUCUCCAGGGGAUAGACCGGUCGUCUACCGGAACUUUUGCCAUGUUGGCACGCAACGGUAAUGAAAAUCAAUCACAUUUUUACCGCACACAUACACAUCAAAUUUUAUGUAAAUUAAAUUCAUGUAUCAUCGUAUUCCAAACACCACGUCAUAAAAUCUGAACAUUCAUCGCC